AUGCCAGUUGUUGGAAGAAGAUGCUAUGCCGAUCUGAUGGUCAGGAUUCCAAACGCUGGAUCUGCCACGAACCACGGUACUGGUCCCGGACCGUUGCGAAAUGCCCGCUCCUGGGCGCGCAAACCCAUCCAUAACGGCUUUGGAGAUGCACCCGAGAUCUGCGUGAUGGAUUCCAACAUCGCGCGACGCCUAUUUGGCAGCGAUUCUAGCCAUGGCAGCGGCAAGACCGAAGGCUCUGGUGCACGCAAGGAGGCGGUAUCGAAGGGGCUCGAGGUUGUGCCUACGAACGAGACUGGCCCGUUGGUGCUCAACGAGGCGAACGCUGUGGAGCACACAGCGUACAUGUUUUCCACCAAGAAGAAAUGGUGGAUUUUGACUGUUGUAGCUUUAUGCCAGACUAGCAUGAACUACAACGCCGCGGUGUACUCGAAUGCCAUUGGUGCCCUGAACCAAGAGUACGGCCUCGGAACCAACCACAUCACCAAUGCCAGGGCGGGAAUGGCAUGGUUCCUCAUCCUAUAUGGGUUUGGAUGUGAGCUCUGGGCGCCUUGGUCCGAGGAGUUUGGACGCAAGCCGAUCAUGCAAUUGUCCUUGUUCACGGUCAACUGCUGGCAGAUUCUCGCAGCGCUGAGUAAUUCUUGGUGGCAGGUUCUUCUUGCACGUCUGCUUGGGGGUCUCUGCUCGGCUGGAGGGUCGGUGACGCUGGGCAUGGUUGCGGAUAUGUUUGAUCCUGAGGAUCAGCAGUUCCCUGUACUUUGGGUGAGCUUGUGGUCCUGUCUCGGUUCUGUCGUCGGUGGCAUCUGUGGUGGUCCCAUCGAGCAGUUUCUUCCUUGGCGCUGGAACUUUUGGAUCCAGCUCAUCUUUGGCGCGGUGGUGCAGGGUAUCCACUUCUUCUUCGUCCCUGAGACUCGGACCACUAUCAUGCUCAAUAGUGAGGCAAAUACGAGACGCAAGGUCGGCGAGAAUGUCGAGGGCCCGACUGAACACCAGAAGAUCGAUACCCGUGAGGUGCUCGCCAUUAUGGGUCGUCCGUACAAAAUGUUGAUUUGCGAACCCAUUGUUGGGUUCCUGUCUCUGCUCAGUGGCUUCAGUGAUGCCUUGAUCUUUAGUUUCUUGGAAUCAUACGGCUACGUCUUCAAGGAGUCUGCCUGGGGCUUCACCGCCAGUCAACUCGGUCUCGCGCUCUUUGCGCUAUUCAUCGGCUACUGGGCGGCCGGUUUCGCCUACUUCCCGGUGAUAAGGCGUCAUAACCAGCAGCGUCAAGGCGGCAAGGUUCUGGAGCCAGAGUCGCGUCUCUGGUUCCUCCAGUACAUCGUCCUGCUCCUACCCAUCGGCCUCUUUGGCUCAGCAUUCGUCGUGACUGGCCCACCUCUGCCUUGGAUCGCACCGCUCCUCUUCGCCGUCCUCAUCGGAUGCGCCAAUAUGGCGAUCUACUACGCUACCAUCGACUACAUGGUAGCUGCCUAUGGGGGAAAGUAUUCUGCAUCGGCAACUGGCGGUAACGGCUUCUCGCGCGAUGUGCUCGCCGGUAUUUGCUCUUUCUACACUGGCCCCAUGUAUCACAAGCUCGGCGUCCAGAACUCUACUUGGGUACUCUUCGCCUUUUCCGUAGUCGUCUGCAUUCCGGUCUUUGUCAUCUACAGGAAGGGUCCUCAGAUCAGGGCUCGUAGCAAGUAUGCCGAGGCGGUUCAGCAAGAGCGCUUAGAGCUCGCCAUGAAGAGGGAGGGCAUGGCUCAACGUCGGGACAUGUUGGAGCAAGCGCCUCAGGUGUAA